UUCAACACGUGGCAACACGAGAAGUCUCCAUGGCCGCGAUCCACCGACAGCCUCCAUUAUGAAGGAGAGAUGAAAAGACUGGGAGAGCGAGUGAAGGAAAAAUAGAGGAAGGCAGAGGGAGACAGACAGACAGACAGACAGACGGCAAGAGAGCAAGAGACUGACAGUGAGUCAGAGCAAGACAGAGUGAGACAGUGCAGGCUUCCUGCUGUACUGAUGGAGUUCACAGGACCACCGAGGAAGAGAUGCUGACAUGGACCUUGUGACAUUGGAGCAGAAUGUGAGCACCAGGCUGGACAACCUGUACCACAAGGAUGUGGUAUCAAUGCUGCCCAAUGGUCACAUGACAUCCAGCCAGCCUGACCCUCAGUCGGCAUUGCUGGGUCAGAGGUCACAGCCGGUUCACAUACAAGUUAAAAGGCAACCAAAGGAGGAAGAACUGCAGACGUCAUCACUCCCAACCAUCCCCAACCCCUUCCCAGAACUGUGUAGCCAGCCCAGCUCCCCGAGCUUCAGCAACAGUUCCAAACCGCCGGCCAGCAGAGGCACGCACGUUAUUACAAUCUUCAGUGAAGAUGGAAUGCGGAGGUCACUUGAAGUGACAGGGACGGUGACAGCUCGAGAUGUCUGCUGCCUGCUGGUGGAGAAGAAUCGCUGUGUGGAUGAGGAGAGCUGGGCUCUGCUGGAGGCCCACCCUGACACAGCACUGGAAAGGUACUUGGAGGACCACGAGUUGUUGGUAGAGCUCCAAGCAACCUGGCCAGUCAACAACGGAAGCAAGUUCAUCUUCAGGAAGCACUACGCAAAAUAUGAGUUUUUCAGGAAUCCUGAGACAUUUUUCCCGAUGCACUUGUUAGCAGGAAGUCUGGAAGGUAACGCAGGAAUUGCACAAGCACAGGUGACACAGAAUUUCCUAAAUGCCAGGAACUGUCCUGAGAUACAGGGGUUUCUCCACCUGAAAGAUAAAGGAAAGAAAACUUGGAGACGGUUGUAUUUCUUCCUGAGGAGAUCAGGGUUCUACUACUCCACCAAAGGCACGUCCAAGGAACCAAGGCACCUUCAGUAUCUUGCUGAUGUGACUGACAGCAACAUUUACACAGUAACAAGCAGGAAGGUGUACAACACACCAACUGAUUUCGGGUUCUGCAUCAAGUUUCCAGGGAUGAGGUGUGAGCGGAGGGAUUUGGCAAUUCUCUGCUCUGAGGACGAGCAGAGCCGCAAGUGUUGGAUGACAGCAUUCCGGCUACUCAAGCUGGGGCCACAAAUCUGCCUCAACUACCAGCUGGCACAACAGAGAAAGAAACACAGAUCGUGGAUGGAAGCAGCUGCUGUGAGAAAUGUUUCGGAGAACUGCCUGGUCCCCAUGGAUUUCUCAGGGUGCACAGGCAGGGUGAUCGCGAAUCCCAAGGAGGCUUCGCUGGUGGCUGAGGAGGAAGGUCACGCCUGGCGGCAGAAGAAAGGAGCACAACGGCAUAGCCUCCCCAGCCUUUCGCACGGCUCCGGACUCAGCACAGGUUGGUCAACCGGUGGCCCGUUGAAAGUACAAAGAGCAGAUGAGGGUACGACGGGAGUGGGCAGAACUGUGGCAACUGGACCUCAGCGUACAGAUGUAACAUCACUGGGGCAGCACCGCUGUACAGCAGCAAUACACAAGAGCCAGCCUUGGUUUCAUGGAAGGAUCUCAAGAGAAGAGGCCCACAGACUGAUUGUCCAACAUGGCCACAUUGAUGGAGUUUUCCUGAUGAGGGAGAGCCAGCGGACACCCAAGAGCUUCGUGCUAACCCUCAGCCACCAUCACAAGACCAAACACUUCCUGAUCGCUCCGUGCGAGGAGGACGGACAAACGUACUUCACGGUGGACACCGGCCAGACCAAGUUCAGUGACCUGAUCCAGCUGGUGGAUUUCUAUCAGAUCAACAGGGGUGUGCUGCCCUGCAGCCUGAAACAUUACUGUACCCGUGUGGCCCUGUAACUGCAGCACUGGCACCCUAUGCCCACGCACUGACUGUGUGACCCCAGCUGCCAGCACCCCUCGUCACCACACACUCACUCAUCGCACCUCUGACCCCUUUCUAUGGAGGUGAAGGAAUGUCUUGUUCUCGCUGCCUUUUGAUUUUUAAACUACCUUCUAAAGAGCUUCACUGUUUAUCAAAGCGAUUGCGGAGGUGACCGCAGGAUCGGACCUCCCGAGUGACCGGGUCAUAGAACAACACAUCCAAAACAAUAGCACCUGAUGAAUGGACUCCUGGAAACAAGCUCCUGAUACAGUGGUUGGGAGGGCAGGGGACUCAUGCCGCAGCCUGACCCUCACCCACUGGUUGUAGAUCAGGUAACGACCCUGCCUGGAGCACACGGCGCUGGGUCCCACAGCCCACCUUCUGUGCCAAUCACACGUCCAUCUGCACGGUGAUGAACCACCCAACUAGCACACUGGUCUCUACCUACUCCUGGCUCACAAACGCUGCCCCUGUUAGCCAAGAUUCAUUGACUCUCACACACUGGAUACUCCAUAUGUAACACGGAACUUCAUCAACCUGAUACAUCCCCCGUUUCAGACCAGGACUCGGGAUCUGUCCACACACACAGCGCAGGGAGGAACAUGCGACUGGAACUGCUCCCUGAACUUGAAGCUGAGAGGGAACUGAACGUAAAGGUACUGAGCCAACAAGUGAGGCCCCAUUGCCUUCAGGGUCCUGCUUGUUGAACAGAGUUCAAACUCUUCUCUGAGAACCCGGACGUUGUUGGGGCCACCAUCUUUCCCACAGGAAGCGGCAAGGCACUGGGGCAGACUGAGUGACCAGGAGUGACUGGGGAGAGUGACCAGGGAGAGAAAGUGACCAGAGGGGAGAGUGAUUGAGUGACCAGAGGGGAGAGUGACCACUGAGAGUGAGUGACCAGAGGGGGAGUGACUGAGAGAGUGACCAGAAGGGAGAGAGUGACCGGUGAGAGUGUGGACGAGGGAGGGGUGGGGAGAGUAAACAGAGGAUGCAGAAAGUGAGUGGAGUGUGUGCCAGUGAGGGGGAGCGAUGGGUGGACUGAGUGGACACAGCAGGGAGAGCUUAUCUUGUACCAUGGCCCGCAGUGUGCACUCUGCUGUGUGGAAUUUAAACUGAACCCGGGGACACAGAGACCGCAGAUAUUGGAACGUGGAGCAGUCCAAGUGAAGGUCUCGAGCCGACUCGUCGACCGUCCAUUCUCCCCCUCAGACGCUGCCUGACCGCUGAGUUCCUCCAGUGCUUUGUGUGUUGCUUAAACUGAACCCAGUUUGCUGAAUCAUCAAACUCCCAGAUAUACUGUCUUUAUUUUUAUAAAUACACAGAUCAUAAAUCUUCAGGCAUAAAAUGAUAUAAAUUUCUGUGCACACCCUGUUUGGUGCAUGUGUGUUGGGAGGUGUGCGCUGCUCGGGACCUACCCAGGAGGACAGAUACUGCUCUGAGGAAGCUGCUGGGUCAGACGUGUCCCCACGGGAUCCGUGCUCCUGCCGUGUCGAAGUGUCUCCGCACACGGCAACCAGACCAGGCAGUCAAUGCCUGAGCCGUUGGAUGCACCAAAUACACUUCACACCAGGCAUGUGCAAACACAGAACCUCCGCUGCCUUUGUUCACAAGGAAUAUGGGAUAACUUACUGCCGGUUCGGUUAAUUGCUGGAGAUUUAUUUAGUUUCGUGCAUCAGAGACAGAGAUGGACAAGCUCAGGUUUACUGCAAGAGUUUCAACAACAACCGGCAGCCAGUCAGCCCAAGGUCAUCACACAAGCUCAGGGCAGGCAACUCAAAGUGCAGGUCAUCGCAGGCGAGAGGGGGCAGUGAGAGACGGGCACAUCUCAGGCCCACUACUGGGGCACUGAGCUCCAGGCCAGAAGUGGAGGAGGCAGAUAUCUCCGAGGGCUGGAGGUGAGGACGAGGGUACAGACCCCGCACUUGUUCUUUUACAGAGCAAGGGUCUCACAUGUCCCGUCUCCCUCAGCUCCCCCAUCAGGGCGAGCACAGUCUGCGGUUACCCACAAACAUUGUCCUGAGUGACCCACACACAGUGAUGGCCAAAGCUACAAGCAGUGCUUUGUGUGGUACAGAGCCAAGUGUGGGGCCAGACCAACAGGGUUUCUUUUUCAAACAGAACGUUACAUUGAAACUCCUGAACAAUGAUGGCUUCCUAGGGGUGAGGCCAGCAUCGAUGUGCUGUGUGAGCCCAUCUCUGCACGUGCAGACAAGGGUGGAGACCGUCGUUACUAGGGGGGCAGCUAGUUUGUCUGAGCGAUCCGUGUUGUAGCAGUGACUCGUGCUGUGGGAGCGGUUACACUGGUCAUAGUCACUAGUGUAGGUCUGGCCAGCGUGUUGGGAAUAUUCAGUAGUGGGGAUGGCCAGGGGAGUACCCACGGUCACUUCAGGGUGUGGGCAGUGUUGUGGGUGUGGUCAGUGUGGGUGUGGUCAGUGAGGAGUGGUCAGUGAGGGGGAGGUCAGUGAGGGUGUGGUCAGUGAGGGAGCGGCCAGUGAGGAGCAGCCAGUGAGGGAGCGGUCAGUGAGGGAACGGUCAGUGAGGAGUGGUCAGUGAAGGGGUGGCCAGUGAGGGUGCGGUCAGUGAGGGAACGGUCAGUGAGGAGUGGUCAGUGAAGGGGUGGCCAGUGAGGGUGCAGUCAGUGAGGGAACGGUCAGUGAGGAGUGGUCAGUGAAGGGGUGGCCAGUGAGGGUGCGGUCAGUGAGGGAACAGUCAGAGGAGUGGUCAGUGAAGGGGUGGCCAGUGAGGGUGCGGUCAGUGAGGGAACGGUCAGUGAGGAGUGGUCAGUGAAGGGGUGGUCAGUGAGGGUGCGGUCAGUGAGGAGUGGUCAGUGAAGGAGUUGCGCCUUCAGUGAGGCCUUUACUGAGACCCUCUUGCCCGGUGGUUCACCAAGCCCCUCUCCUGCCUGCACACUGCAGCCCCUGGCUCCUGGAACGUUGCAGAGCUCUUGGAAUGGCACAGAAAGUGUCUGUGAUGUCGGGCGUCCACCCCCUGUCUCCAAGUGUGAUCGAUCUGGACUUGCCAUCAGGAGAUUCACCUGCCAGAAGAAUUAGAAUAAAAAUGGCAGGGCUUAUCCAAAGCACAAGCAGGUAAGUUUGAAGACAAAGGAGGCUGCAGAUGCUGGAAUCAACAGUCCUGAUGAAGAGACUUAGCCCAAGACACCAACUUACACCACCUUGCCUCCACAGAUGCUGCUCGACCUGCUGAGUUCUGUUUUUUGUAGGAAACGCUGUAAGGAUUUGACCUUCACUAAAACCAUCAGUGUCCCUCGUUGGACAAUCCUGGAGAGCUUACUUAAGGUUAAAAUGGUCAAAAUAACUGGAAAACUGAAGCAAGAUGUCACUGACGGCAACCCUGCCUUAAUCUUGUCUUUACUUCCACUGUUGUCACUUCCUCUAAAUCUCUGCAGGGUUUUAGGAAAUUAAAAAAAUCACUUAGAAUUUACCUUUAAUUGAAUCAUUAAGUGAUACCAUUUUCUGUUAUCUGAGAUAUUGUACAUAUUCACAAAGUCAGUAAAGUCUAAUGUAUUUUUCUACCAGAGAUUAUUCUGUGUUACAACUGAUUUCAA